AUGGAUUCCAAUCGUCUGCACUUGAACUUUGACAACCAACGGCCGGCUGCCAACGAUCGGACCUUUCCAACGACUCCUUCAACCUUUCCCCAGCCCGUCUUCCAGGGCCAGUCUGGCAGCAUGCAAUCCUCCCAGCAGCAGUACGGCGCCGGCUACCCUCCCCAGCAGGGCUACUUUCAGCAGAACCAGUAUGGCCAGCAGCAGUAUCCUGGCCAGGCCGUCACCAGCGACUAUCCCAACGCCGGCUAUCCCCCGCAGUCUGGCGCGCCCGGCACCAACGACCCAAACACUGGUUUGGCUCACCAGUUCUCCCACCAGAACCUAGGCGGCGGUGCCGCGAGGGGAGGUCAAUAUGCUGGUCGAGGGCCGUCGUCAGGCCGUCCGCGAACUGCUGGCGGCUCAGGGCAGCAGGCCAGCUAUGGCAACUACGCGCCUCCUUUGCCCAACUCGGGCGUUGUCUCGUCGCCCGAGUUCCAGCCCAUCCCUGAGAGGAACCCUGAUAAAUACGGCACAAAUGCCAAUAGCAACCAGAAGAAGUGCUCACAGCUAGCUGCAGACUUCUUCAAAGACAGCGUCAAGCGAGCUCGCGAGCGUAACCAAAGGCAGAAUGAGUUGGAGCAGAAGCUGCAAGACCCCCAACAGAGCUCAACUAGAAGGGAGCAGCUGUGGUCGACCGCCGGCCGGAAAGAAGGCCAAUACCUGCGAUUCUUGCGUACAAAGGACAAGCCCGAAAACUACAACACUGUCAAGAUCAUCGGAAAGGGUGCUUUCGGUGAGGUCAAGUUGGUGCAGAAGAAGGGAGACGGCAAGGUCUACGCCAUGAAGUCUCUGAUCAAGACUGAAAUGUUCAAGAAGGACCAGCUGGCCCACGUCCGCUCAGAACGUGAUAUCCUGGCCGAGUCUGACAGCCCUUGGGUUGUCAAGCUCUACACCACCUUCCAGGACGCGUACUUCCUCUACAUGCUCAUGGAGUUUUUGCCGGGUGGAGAUUUGAUGACUAUGCUCAUCAAGUAUGAAAUCUUCUCAGAAGACAUUACGCGAUUCUACAUUGCCGAGAUUGUCUUGGCCAUCGAGGCCGUCCACAAACUUGGCUUUAUCCACCGUGAUAUCAAGCCCGACAACAUCCUGUUGGACCGUGGUGGUCACGUCAAGCUGACUGACUUUGGUCUCUCCACGGGAUUCCACCGUCUGCACGAUAACAACUACUACCAGCAGCUUCUGCAAGGCCGCUCCAACCGCCCGCGUGACCGAACCUCAGUUGCCAUAGACCAGAUUAACCUCACAGUUAGCAACCGAUCUCAGAUUAAUGACUGGAGACGAUCUAGACGGUUGAUGGCUUACUCCACCGUCGGAACGCCAGACUACAUCGCCCCCGAGAUCUUCACAGGCCAUGGCUACACCUUUGACUGCGAUUGGUGGUCGUUGGGUACCAUCAUGUUCGAGUGCUUGGUGGGCUGGCCGCCUUUCUGCGCUGAAGACAGCCACGAUACUUAUCGUAAGAUUGUCAACUGGAGACAAACCCUGUACUUCCCCGAUGACAUUACGCUGGGUGCCGAGGCAGAGAACUUGAUUCGAAGCAUGGUCUGCAACACUGAGAACCGACUCGGACGGGGAGGUGCUCAUGAAAUCAAGAGCCACGCAUUCUUCCGUGGAGUCGACUUUGACAGUCUGCGCCGCAUCCGUGCUCCUUUCGAGCCCCGGCUGACGUCCAACAUCGAUACCACUUACUUCCCCACCGAUGAAAUUGACCAGACUGACAACGCGACUCUGCUCAAGGCCCAGGCCAUCCAGAACCGCAAUGGCCAGGCACCUGAGGAGUCUCCCGAGAUGAGCCUUCCUUUCAUCGGCUACACCUUCAAGCGGUUCGAUAACAACUUCCGAUAG